AUGACGGAGAGUUGUGACGAUUGCCCCAGAUCAGGGGCGAGAAUCGAACGUCCCGCCGCCGGCCUGGAGGCGGCGACGGCGAAAGGAUCGGAGGGCGGAGAGGAGGGAGACCGCAAGAUCGAGCCGCCAGGGGCGGAGAAGCCUGCGAUGAAGAAGCCGGAGAAGAUCCUCCCUUGCCCGCGGUGCAGCAGCAUGGCCACCAAGUUCUGCUACUACAACAACUACAACGUCAACCAGCCCCGCCACUUCUGCAAGAACUGCCAACGCUACUGGACCGCCGGCGGCUCCAUGAGGAACGUCCCCGUCGGCGCCGGACGCCGCAAGAGUAAGCACUCCGCCGCUGCCGCCGCCGCCACCUCGCAACCCACCGUGCUGCGGUUCGGCUCCGACGACCCCCUCUGCGAUUCGAUUAGACACGCGCCGGCGGCCCCUUCCUCACCCCACUCCAGCGGGUCUUCCGUGGCGGCGUCCAACCUGACGGAGGACGCAGGGGGGAGCAACCUGCAGGAGCAGGUCCUCAGGAGCUCCCACGGCAGCUCCUACCACCCUCCCCCGACGACAUGGCCGUCCACCUGGAGCGCUUCCGCCGCCGUUCCAGUGUACCCCACAGCGGCGUUCUGGGGGUGGGGGGCGGCGCCGGCGCUGGGGAAGCACUCCAGAGAAGACGGGCACGGCCACCCCAAGGAGGAGAGCUCCGAGCAGAUUCACAGAGAGAGCUGCCGCCUGUGGAUCCCCAAGACCCUGAGGAUCCACAACCCAGAGGAGGCGGCGAAGAGCUCCAUCUGGGCGAUGGCCGGCGGGGUCUUCAAGCCCUUCGAGCACCCCAAGAUGGGAAUCAGGAGCUCGGCCAGCCUCUUCCACGCCAACCCUGCAGCUCUCUCCCGCUCCCUCAACUUCCAGGAGAGCUCUUGA